CAUAUCAAGCUCAGUUAAAAGAAUGAGACUUAUACGCCACAUUCCGAACAGAGUCUUGUUCAACACUAUCUUUGUUUCAGUCAACAUACUAAUGGCUUCCACUCGCUUCUCUCUCUCCCGCUCAGUUCAACCCAUCCUAAAACGCCCCCCUUUUUCUUCUUCUCCCCGUUUUGCCCCCAAGGCUUUGCUUAAAUCCUACCCUUGUCCUCUCUGGUCCUCUUCUUUCUCCUUCUGCCUUCAGACCUUGCAUCACUCUACUUCUCCUUAUCUCUCUUCCUCUUCCUCUUCCUCUUCAUUUUCUUCUUGUUCUUCUUUUUCUCCUCCUUCAAUGGCUUCCUCAUUUACCGUCGAUGAUAGCAUCGGCUCCAAUCCUCUCCUGCAAGAUUUCGACUUUCCACCUUUUGAUAUUGUUGAAGCCAAACAUGUUAGGCCUGGGAUUCGUGCCUUGUUGAAGAAAGUCGAGAGUGAUUUGGAUGAAUUGGAGAAUACAGUGGAGCCGUCAUGGCCAAAGUUGGUGGAGCCAUUGGAAAAGAUUGUUGAUCGGUUGACUGUUGUGUGGGGAAUGGUUAAUCAUCUUAAGGCUGUUAAAGAUUCAGCUGAGCUCCGUGCUGCCAUUGAAGAAGUCCAGCCUGAAAAAGUGAAGUUUCAACUAAGAUUGGGACAAAGUAAACCCAUCUAUAAUGCCUUCAAGGCGAUUAAAGAAUCUCCUGAUUGGCAAUCGUUGAGUGAAGCUCGCAAACGUAUUGUAGAUGCCCAGAUAAAGGAAGCUGUUCUUAAUGGUGUUUCACUUGAAGAUGAUAAAAGAGAACAGUUUAACAAAAUUCAACAGGAAUUGGAGAGGUUGUCUCACAAAUUUAGUGAGAAUGUUUUGGAUGCCACAAAGAAGUUUGAAAAGCUGGUAACUGAUAAGAAAGAAAUUGAUGGUUUGCCUGCAACUGCUCUUGGGCUAGCUGCUCAAACAGCAGUGUCCAAGGGGCAUGAAAAUGCAACUGCUGAGAAUGGACCAUGGAUGAUUACAUUGGAUGCUCCAAUUUUUAUUUCUGCUAUGCAACAUGCUCGUAAUCGUGCCUUGCGUGAGGAAGUCUACCGUGCUUAUAUAACUCGGGCAUCAAGUGGUGAUUUGGAUAAUACACCAAUCAUCAACCAGAUAUUGAAACUUCGGUUGGAAAAGGCUAAGCUUCUCAAUUACAAUAAUUAUGCUGAGAUAAGCAUGGCAACAAAGAUGGCUACUGUUGAUAAAGCUGAGGAACUAUUAGAAAAGAUUCGUAGUGCUUCAUGGGAUGCUGCUGUCCAAGAUGUUGAAGACCUAAAAAGUUACUCCAAAAGUCAAGGUGCUUCAGAAGCUGAUAGUUUGAGCCAUUGGGACAUAAGCUUCUGGAGUGAGAGGCUUCGUGAGUCAAAAUAUGACAUCAAUGAGGAAGAACUCCGGCCAUAUUUCUCAUUUUCAAAGGUUAUGGAUGGCCUUUUCAACCUUGCUAAGAUACUUUUUGGGAUUGAUAUUGAGGCAGCUGAUGGUCUAGCUCCUGUUUGGAACAAAGAUGUGCGGUUCUACUGUGUUAAAGAUUCUGCAGGUAGUCCGAUUGCCUACUUUUAUUUUGAUCCAUACUCUCGUCCAUCAGAGAAAAGGGAAGGUGCAUGGAUGGAUGAGGUUGUUUCUCGAAGUCGAGUACUGUCCCAUAAUGGUACCACAGCAAGGUUACCUGUUGCUCACAUGGUGUGCAAUCAAACACCACCAGUUGGGGACAAGCCAAGCCUCAUGACAUUCCGUGAAGUUGAGACUGUUUUCCAUGAAUUUGGCCAUGCACUUCAGCAUAUGCUGACCAAGCAAGAUGAAGGUCUAGUUGCUGGCAUUCGGGGUGUUGAGUGGGAUGCUGUUGAGUUGCCUUCCCAAUUCAUGGAAAAUUGGUGUUACCACAGGGAUACAUUGAUGAGCAUUGCAAAACAUUAUCAAACCGGGGAGAGCAUCCCUGAAGAGGUAUACCUGAAGCUCCUUGCUGCAAGGACUUUCCGUGCUGGUUCUCUAAGUCUUCGUCAGAUUCGAUUUGCUAGCUUGGAUUUGGAACUACAUACAAAAUAUAUACCAGAUGGACCAGAAUCUGUUUAUGAUGUUGAUCAGAGAGUUUCCAGAAAAACACAAGUGAUCCCCCCAUUGCCAGAAGAUAGAUUUCUAUGUGGUUUCAACCAUAUAUUUGCAGGUGGAUAUGCUGCUGGAUACUACAGUUACAAGUGGGCAGAAGUGUUGUCUGCAGAUGCUUUCUCAGCAUUUGAGGAUGCUGGAUUAGAAGACAGCAAGGCUGUUAAAGAAACCGGCCACAAGUUCCGUGAGACUGUUCUUGCUCUUGGAGGUGGAAAAGCACCAUUAGAGGUGUUUGUGGAGUUCCGUGGACGUGAACCUUCACCCGAGGCAUUGCUCAGGCACAAUGGGUUAUUACCAGUCACAGCUUGAAAUAAGCUCCUUUUUGAGUUGCCAUUCAGGGUUUUACCAAAUGAGACAUGGGAAUCAAGUUUUUACAGGUCAUUCAAGUUGCUAUUAUACACCAUGUUUAUGUUCAGUUCAGCUCUUCAAAACUUUGCUAGUUAUUGUCCUCAAAAGAAAAGAAAAAGAAAACACAACCCAUCUAGGUUUAAAUUCAUGUGGGGUAGUGCUUUAGAGAUGCCUGAAAACCUUACAAGGACAUAUAUAGUCUGAAAUUUUCAUUGGUUUGGUGUUCUGUUUUUGUCAUCACUUCACAUGAAAAUGGAGAUUCAGAUCUUAUUCUUCGAUCCAAAAAAAAAGAAAGAAAAGGGAUCAUGUACUAAUCAAGUCAAAUGUUGGGAUGCAACUUCUAGUUGUAAUAUUUUACGAAAAUGUGAAGCAAAAUAGAUGGUGAAAGCUUAAUAUUCAUCAAA